CCCCACGACGGGACAGGCCCACAGAGCAGACCCCCAACAGGUGACACUUGAUGAGGAGCCGCCAGGUCCAGGACGGAGCAGAUCCAGAACCAGAACCCGGACCAGGACGACGAACUGAUUGGAGUGUUUGAAGACCUGCUGGCGUGUUUGUUGGCUCCUGCUUGACGACACGACACCUGUGGAUCGUUCACGCGUGGCUGCAAUCAUGUCCGGCAGCAGUCCUCACGGAGCCCACUUCCAGGACUGGUGCCUGAGGACUUACGGGGACUCCGGCAAGACCAAGACCGUCACCCGGCGCAAGUACGCCAAGAUCCUGCAGAGCCUCCUGGCGCAGGCGCAGGGGCAGGGGGCCGACGACAAGAACCGCAUCAACGCCAAGUUCAAGUUCUGGGUCAAGUCCAAAGGAUUCUUGGUCGGCACGCUGCGGGACCACAAGACCGGAACCAGCCAGACUCCCGUUCUUUAUGUGCCUGUCAAGACCACGGGUGUGGAGGCGGGGCCAGGUGUUGACUCCUCCCUGAAGCGUGUGGCGGUGGUGGAGGACUUCUAUGACAUCAUCUACACCAUGCAUGUGGAGGUCACGCCCCCUGGGAAGACUCCCAAACAUGCUGGGCAGAAGAAGACUUACAAAGCUAUCUCAGAGACGUACGCCUUCCUGCCCAGAGAGGCCGUGACUCGCUUCCUGAUGAGCUGUGGAGAGUGUCAGAAGAGGAUGAACAUCACACACAAAGAGAGCUCGGCGUCGGCCAUGAUGGACUUCAGCGCUUCUCUGGGCGCCGUCACCAAGCACGUGGAAGACAACCACCUGGAUGACGCCUCAGUGAGCAGCGAGGACGACCCGCCCGACAUGAGCGAGCCCUCCUGGCUGGCGGCCGGAGCGCCGUCCCAGCUGAGCCUGGCGGGACGAGGCGACGGGACGCACCCCAACACGGCGAGCAACAAGGACGACGACGAUGAUUCCUCGUCCGAGAGCGUGCCCGCCCUCAGCCCUCCCUCGUCCGCCGCCACGGACGCCGCCGCAGUCCGAGAAGCUGAGGUGGUCAACGGCGACUGUGGCCCCGCCCCCCUGGACUUCAGCACGCCCACGUCGUCCUCCUCGCCCUCCGAGGACCAGCAGCCCGUCAACCUGAGUGACCCGCCCCCUCAGAGGACGCCGCUGAGCUCCUCCCACCUGCCCGUCACUGUGUCGGCGGCGGCGGCGGCGCUGCUGGGCGCCUUGCAUCCCAACGCGCAGGAGGAGCUUCGCAGGAAGUACCCGCUGGCCGCCAAACCUCCGCCGGCGCCACAUCCCGCCUUGCCCGCUCCGCUGAACCACACCCCGCACACACACGCCUCCACAGGCAGCGACCUGCGACUGGACUACGGCAACAAGUCUCCGGUGUACAGUUCCGGGGGCAGCUACGACAGCGUGAAGAUGGACGUGAGCGCGGAGGACCUGAGCACGGGACGCCACCAACACCAACACCAGGUUGCCCCCGACGACGACGACGACGACCACGACGAGCACGACGACAGCGACAAGAUCAACGACACAGAGGGCGUUGACCCCGAGAGGCUGAAGGCCUUCAAUAUGUUUGUGCGUCUGUUUGUGGACGAGAACCUGGACCGCAUGGUGCCCAUCUCCAAGCAGCCCAAGGAGAAGAUCCAGGCCAUCAUCGAGUCCUGCAGCAGACAGUUCCCAGAGUUCCAGGAGCGAGCUCGCAAGCGCAUCCGCACCUACCUCAAAUCCUGCCGCCGCAUGAAGAAGAACGGCAUGGAGACUCGGCCCACUCCACCUCACCUGACCUCAGCCAUGGCGGAGAACAUCCUGGCUGCUGCCUGCGAGAGCGAGUCACGCAACGCCGCCAAGAGGAUGCGCCUGGAGUCUUAUCACGACGAGCAGAUUUCUGUGGACAAGGGCAUUGGUGGUGGCGGUGGUGGCGGUGGUGGCGGUGGUGGCGGUGGCGGCGGCGGCGCUCUGAGGGAGCCGGCGUCGUUAGCGCACUCCGCCUACUCUCUGGCCGCCUCCGCCUUCUCCAACCAGGAGCCUCAGCUCUACAUCAACGGAGCCGGCCUCAGCUACGGUUACCGUGGUUACCUGGGCCUGAGCGCCGCCAUGCAACACCCCGUCUCCAUGACGACCGGCGCCGCCGCUCAGAGCAACGGACCCACAGACCUCAGCAUGAAGUCCUCAGCCAGCAUCACUAGCUCCGCCUCCUCAACCAACCACUGCCUGGGCGGGCGCGGCGGCGGCGGCGGAGGAGGCGGAGGAGGCGGGGCCUCAGCCCAGCUCAGCCAACCGGAGAUCUCGGCCGUGCGUCAGCUGAUCGCCGGCUACCGGGAGUCUGCCGCCUUCCUGCUGCGCUCGGCCGACGAGCUGGAGAACCUCAUCCUGCAGCAGAACUGAGGAUCUCACACACACACACACACACACACACACACACACACACACACACACACACACACACACACACACUUUGAUGGCUUUGUGUCACACCGCCAUUCCUACACGCUUUGUGAAGGCUUGCGGGCACUAGGAACAUGAGGGCACUAGGACCCUGAGGGCGGGCUUUGGGACCCCAAGGACGGACAUUAAAAUCUAAGAAAAGGCACUAGGACCCUGAGGACACUCGGACCCUGAGGGUGGGCUUUGGGACUCCAAGGACGGACACUAAGGUCCUAGGGGCGGGCACUAGGACCCUGAGGGCGGGCUUUGGGUUACUUAAGGACGAACACUAAGGCCCAAAGGGCAGGCACUAGGACCCUGAGGGCGGGCUUUGAGACCUUAAGGAUGGACACUAAGGCCCUAGGGGCAGGCACUAGGACCCUGAGGGCUCCUCCUCUGCUGCUCACAAUCAGCUCACCCAACCAACGUCCCUCCAGAUGAUUGGACGUGGCGUUUGCGUGUACAUAAAUCUAUAAAUAGAAGCUCUCUGUGUCCGAUAGCACUUUGCCCCGCCCCCUACUUAAUAUGCAUCCCGGACCGCCAUCGUGACCAGACCAGGAAAUACCUCAAUCACCCACUUCCUGUUCCCGCGGCUGUAAAUAGAUGACGAGGAAGACGCGUGUGCGGGCGUUUAUGCUAAUUAGCGUGUUGAUGACCUCCAACUGUUCAAAGCCCCGCCUCCUUUUCCCCUCUUUCUCGGACCUCCUUCUUCUUCUUCUUCAUGGACCUAAAGCUAAGGAAGAGGAAGUAGUGACUCACCUUGCUGCUAACAACCUUCGGCCAUAGACUGACCUCUGACCUCUGACCUCCACCUUAACCAAAAUUCACCUAAGUUGACUUUUUUUUAUUCCGUCUGCGUGGCCAAUGAGCACCCUCCAUUUUGCCUUCAUAAGCCACGCCCUCUUUGGCCGAGUUUUGCCUAAAAGCUGUAAAACUUAGUUUUGCUUUCGAUUACAUUUUCUACUUCGGCGUGCGACGUUUUAGUUACAAAAAUGGCUGUCUUUUCUUUUUGUUAUUAAAAAAAAACAAAAACAAGGUGUGACUAAUAAAAAUAAGCCAAAUGAAGGAGGAGCUAAUUGCUAGGGAGGGACUAUAAUUAUAUAAUUACAAAGGUGAUAUUUACUCCAGGCCUGCGGGGGCAGUGCUGAGCUGUGUGCAGUGCAGCUGAUCAUGGUCUAGACUAGUGAGUGAUGGCCUAGACUAGUGAGUGAUGGCCUAGACUAGUGAGUGAUGGCCUAGACUAGUGAGUGAUGGCCUAAACUAGUGAGUGAUGGCCUGAACUAGU